AUGGCCACUUCUACUUCGAAUCGGGCGAGCGCGCGGCUGGAGCUAGCCAAUCCGGGGACCGUCAAGAUCAAUGUGAAGGGAGCCUUCAUCGUGGACGAUGAUCCGAGGUCCAAAAGUCCGGUGAGGACCGACGGGGUUUCUUAUGAAGGUCAUGACAUUCGGCUUCCGAACCACAAGGAAAUUAGUCAUGUAGCUGUUGAUAUCGGCGGCUCGUUGGCCAAGCUCGUCUACUUCACUCGGGAGAUCGACUCCGCCGACAAUGGCGGGCGACUCAACUUCAUCAACUUCGAAACCUCCCGCAUCGACCUGUGCAUCGACUUCAUCAAGGAAUUGAAGGCUGAACACGAGAAGCUGAAGGGCUCGUCCGGGGCGGAACUAUGUGUGAUGGCGACGGGCGGCGGGGCUUACUUGUACUAUGACAAGCUGAAGGAGUCCCUCAAUGUCGACAUCAUCCGGGAGGAUGAGAUGGAAUGUCUCAUUACCGGCCUGGACUUUUUCAUCACGGAGAUCCCCAACGAGGUGUUCACGUACAGCGAGACCGAGCCCAUGCAAUUUGCCGAGGCCCGACCGGACGUUUACCCAUACCUGUUAGUCAACAUCGGCUCCGGCGUGUCCAUGAUCAAAGUCUCCGGCCCCAAGCAGUUCCAGCGUGUGGGCGGUACACAUCUGGGGGGUGGGACCUUCUGGGGUCUCAUGUCGCUGCUGACGGGGGCCCGCACUUUCGACGAUAUGCUCGCCAUGGCGGAUCGGGGUGACAACAGCGGGGUGGACAUGCUGGUGGGGGAUAUCUACGGCAUGGACUACAGCAAGAUCGGACUCAAGAACACGGCCAUUGCCAGCACCUUCGGCAAGGUGUUCCGCCUUAAGAAUCAAGCGGGUCAGCAGACAGUCGACGGAGCAGAGUCGUCUCCCGACGAGGAGCUUGAUUCGACGAAUGGCGAUCCGAAGUUUAAGCCCGAGGAUAUGAGCCGGAGUUUACUCUAUGCUAUCAGUAACAACAUCGGCCAGAUCGCCUACCUGCAGUCCGAGAAGCACCAGGUCAAGCACAUCUACUUCGGCGGCUCCUUCAUCCGCGGCCACCGACAGACCAUGAACACGCUCUCGUACGCCAUCAAGUUCUGGUCCAAGGGCGAGAAGCAGGCUUACUUCCUGCGCCAUGAGGGCUACAUCGGCUCCGUCGGGGCGUUCCUGCGGAGACAGCCUGCCAAUUGGGGACGCAGGAACAGCAUCGACGAGGCGUCCCUGCAGGAGCUCAAGGCGGCUCUCGAAGCCAAGCACCAAGCUAGUCAACCGAACGCACCCUAA